CGGCGCCGCGUAGCGGUACCUCCGCGUCGUCGUGCCCGCCGCCCGGCCCCGGCCGGUGCGCCCGGUAGUCGCCGUGGUACGGCCCGCCCGUGCGCAGCUCCUCCUCGCCCGCUCCGCUCUUGCACCGCAUCGCACCCGCGCGCCGGCGGCCCGCCCAGCACCGAGUGCGUCGUGUUGUCGGACGGUUCAUCGACUUAUCACAUCUCAGCCGCGCGGCUGCUGGGGUUGCGGCCCGUACCCCGCGGCCCCGGACCCGAUCAGCUGACGAGCGCGAUCCACGCCCCGGCGCUCUCCGAGCCCCGCCCCGCCGCGGCCGGCACGGUUCAAGCGAGACAUGGCGACGGUGAAGAGACUGGCCAUCGGGCUGGCGGGGUCGCUGGCCGCGAGCCUGUGGCUGGGCCAGUCCCCGCUGCUGCUGCCCUUGCUGGCCACGCUGGCCGCCCUGGCGCCGGCCGCCCCCCAGCUCCUGCGCAGGGUGUGGGCCGUGCUGCGGACGCUGCCCCGCGACAUGCACUUCCUCUUCAGGGCGAUCAAAACGUACAAGGAGAUCAAGCGCAUCGAGCGGAAGAACGCGUGCCUCGCCGACAUCUUCGACGAGCAGGUGCUCGCCCGCCCGGACAAGGUUCUCAUCAAGCACAAUGGCAAGGAGUGGACCUUCCGGCAGGUGUCGGACUACAGUAAGCGGGUGGCGAACGCCUUCCAGCGCCGGGGCUACGUGAAGGGCGACGUGGUGGCCGUGUUCAUGAACAACUGUCCCGAGUACGUGGCGCUGUGGCUCGGGCUCUCCCGGCUGGGCGUCGUGGCGGCGCUCAUCAACCACAACCAGCGCAGCAAGGCGCUCGUGCACAGCCUGACGAUCGCCAAGAGCCGUGCCGUCGUAUUCGGCGCGGAACUGGCCGACGCCGCCCUGGAGGUCAAGGAUCAGCUGGGUGAAACUGAGCUCUUCCAGCUGCACGUCGCCGAGGAGGUGGCCGCGGCUCUGCCGCCCUCCGUCGAGGACCUGCGCGCCAUCCUGGACGCGUCCCCCGUCAGCGACCCGACGGCCCCGCGGCCGGGCUACAAGGACGCCCUGCUCUACAUCUACACCUCCGGCACCACGGGGCUGCCCAAGGCCGCCAAGAUCGUCCACUCGCGGUACAUCGCGGCCGGCAAGGGCAUCCCCAUGCUGACGGGCAUGGUCCCCGAGGACGUGGUGUACGCGCCGCUGCCGCUGUACCACUCGGCGGGCGGCAUGUGCGCCAUGGGCUACGGCCUGGCCUUCGGCAUGACCGUCGUGCUCCGCACCAAGUUCUCGGCGUCCGCCUUCAUCCCGGACUGCGUGCAGCAUGAGUGCACGGUGGUGCAGUACAUCGGCGAGGUGUGCCGCUACGUGCUGACGACGCCCGUCAAGGACUCGGACACCCAGCACCGCAUCCGCCUCAUGAUCGGCAACGGCAUGCGACCCGCCGUCUGGCAGCGCUUCGUGGACCGCUUCAGGGUGCCGCACGUCGUGGAGCUGUACGGCUCGACCGAGGGCAACGUCACGUUCUUCAACUUUGACAACACGGUGGGGGCAGUCGGCUUCCUGCCGCGGUUCCUGCCCGAGUUCAUAUACCCGAUAGGCUUCGUCAGGGUGGACCAGGACAGCGGGGACAUCAUCAGGGGCCAAGACGGACUGUGUCAACGCUGCGAUAUCAAUGAGCCGGGCAUGCUCGUCGGCUACAUCAGCGACUCGGACCCCUCCCGGGAAUUCCAUGGAUACCUGGACAAAUCGUCGUCGGAAAAGAAAAUUCUGCGCGACGUCUACGUAAAGGGCGACAAGUGGUUCAUGACUGGCGAUAUUCUCGUGAUGGAUGAGCUGGGCUACAUUUACUUCAGAGACAGAACGGGCGACACGUUCAGGUGGAAGGGCGAGAACGUGUCCACGGCCGAGGUGGAGGCCGUCGUCAGCGCCGCCGUGGGCGAGAGGGACAUCGCCGCGUACGGCGUGGAGGUGGCCGGCUCGGAGGGGCGGGCGGGCAUGGUGGCCAUCGCCGACCCCAACGGCACCCUCGACCUGGACAAGCUGGCCAAGGAGGUGGACCGACACCUGCCGUCGUACGCGAGGCCGCUCUUCAUCCGAACGGUCCCGAGGAUCGAGAAGACGGGCACGUACAAGAUCGUCAAGGUCAACUUGCAGAAGCAGGGGUACGACCCAGCCGCGGUGAGCGACCCGCUCUUCGUCCGGCAACGAGACGGAUACUCGCCGCUCACCGCGCCAGUGUUCCAGGACAUCGUCUCCGGGAAGCUGCGGCUGUGAUGUCCCGGCCCGGCCCUUGCCAGGCUCACCGCGCCGUGCGUGCAGCGCGCGCAGAGCGACACUCUCCACUGUGAUAAAACACUGCCGUCGUGUGGUCAUCGUCUCCGCGGGGCGGGGGAGGGCGAGGAGCACCCGAAAAGGCAGGUACUUGGGCAAAGUGCAUUGUGUCGAAACAAGUGCAUGCACUCGAAUAAACUGAGUGCAACCACUUGUUCUAAGAAAAUGAUUUUAAAAAAUGCACUUGAUUCAAGGAACUGCUUUUUUUUGUGAGGAGCUCCGAGAGGCUCGGCCCCUUGCCCGAGACGCAAAGAAGGAUCGCCGCGGUUGCAACUUCUUGCCCCAAAAAUUAUAUUUUUAUUGUUCGUGUUUUUUUUUGUAUCCGCAUACUCAAUGGAAUCGCAUGAUCGCGGUAUCAUAUUUUCCCCUCCCUUCUCCAACUUUGAGUGCAACGCUCAAUACCUACCAGGUGGCUGAUUGACCACGUGCUUGUCUGGUUGUCUCCUCCCCUCGGAUCAAAAGGCGUUGUAAUCAAAUCAGGGGCGAUAUGCAGGCGCGCCCCCAAACCUGACCGAGUGCGAUAAGUGCUCGGGGCUAAUCAGCCACCGGGUUAUUCAAACCAUUAAAGGAGACAUGGUGUGAACAACGACUGACAAAUGAAAUUAAAAGCGCUUAAUACUUGAUUUA